AUGAAUACUAAUGAGCUGGCAGACAUUGAAUCGUUGACAGAACAAGACAUUUUACUGCUGCUAGAAAGCAAAGAUUUGACGCCUGAAGUAUUGGAAUGGAUUGAGCAAUACCAACAAGCGCGAUCAACAAGCGGCUCAAACGAUAGCACCACAACAGCUGCCAAAGAAGCAGGCCACUCUGAAUUCAACCUAGGUGACAAGUGUGCUAUUACGUUCUCUUACGAAGACGAUAUGGUUCUUUUGCCAGCCAUCAUAGUAGAUAUUACCGAGUCAACCACGCAAGUUCUCAUAUUGACUCCCAUAACCAGAAGCACAAUACCAUGCAGCCAACAUUUCAGCCCAUCCACAUGCAAAAAAGUGUCUUGUCCCCACAGCCAUGGUUAUACACUGCCUUCCGAGUUUGUUGCACCCUUUGAAGCGCUAGGAACACAUGAUGCAGAUACACUUUUAGCUCAACUGCAAUAUGGAAAGAGGGUUUGGUGCAAAGAAAAGGAUUCGCAGGAUAUAUGGCAAUUGGGCAACAUUAUAGAUCAGUUGCAUGGGCCUCGAUGGCGAGUGCGGUUAAAGGACUCGAAAAAGCGAAUUCGUGUGGACAUGGAGCACAUUAUGCCAUUCAAAAGCUUACUGGAUGAUGAAGAUGAGAACAACCAUCAACAAGACAUGGGCGAGUGGAGUGAAUCGGAUCAUGGAGAUACAACAGACACUGAAUCUGCGGUAGAGGAUGAUCCUGUGAUUGCGAGUCGACCGGAUGAUACAUUUGGGAGCUGGGAAUCGCAUACCACCGGAUUUGCAUCAAGAAUGAUGAAGAAGAUGGGAUACAUUCAGGGUCAAGGUUUAGGAGCGGAUGGGAUGGGGCGAUUGGAACCUAUCCAGGCACAACCGUACAGUGGUAGUUCUCUGGAUCAACGGCCUGGAUUGGGACUCGUAAAGAAGAAGAAACAACCAUUCAAAAAGAAGAAAUCAAAGGAAUCUGAGAAAGUCGAACAAGAAGAAGAAAUGGACAUGUUUGGACUGAUGAACUCUUUACUUGAGAAACAGCAAACAGAAGAAAAGACGCCCGUAAUGACAGCUCAACAACGACUCAACAAGUCCACAGAUACCCGCCAAGCCAACCAAACCCGGGCAAAGCUCCAAUCACAACUAGAAAAUGCCAAACAUGAGUAUACACAUGCAACAGAGGCAUUGCGACGCAACAAAGGUACUGCAAUGGAAGCUCAGUUCAGAGAUAGACUGAAAUCCGCCACAGAAUCGUAUCAUAGACUAAACAAGCAAAUGACUGAAAUUGAUAAUUACGUCAAACGCACAAAGCAGCAAAAAGACAUGUACACGUUCUAA